AUCGCUAUAAAGUAUCGGAAUAAAUUUUUGUACAAAGAACCGGAAGCAUCAGUACCAUGUUUGCUUCUCAAAAAACCAAAACAGUGGUUACAGCUUGGAAACGAAAAAACACCGUAUCGUCAAGUGGUCGCUGUUGUGGAAGUUGAUAGUACUAAGUAUUUGGCUAUGAAUAUUCUCGGGAUGGCUCGCGUCAAUGCUUUCUAUGAGAAGCUUUCGGUUCGAAUUGAAAAUAUCGCUAUAAAGUGUCGGAAUAAAUUUUUGUACAAAGAACCGGAAGCAUCAGCACCAUGUUUGCUUCUCAAAAAACCAAAACAGUGGUUACAGUUUGGAAACGAAAAAACACCGUAUCUUCAAGUGGUCGCUGUUGUGGAAGUUGAUAGUACUAAGUAUUUGGCUAUGAAUAUCCUCGGGAUGGCUCGCGUCAAUGCUUUCUAUGAGAAGCUUUCGGUUCGAAUUGAAAAGUAA